UUCGGUUUGUGCGGAGAAAUUACGAUUUUACAACAAUGUUCAUGCUCCUCAUUGGUCUCCUCACCCUGUCGUGUCUCCCCCGGUCGAUUCUCGGCUGCUGUGAUGAUAGCAACGCCCUUCUGUACAGAGUUGACAUCACCCUUCCUCCUAAGGUGGGGAGGGACGAGACGGCAGACAUAUUGCAGAUUAAGGCAAAAGUGGAGGGUCUAACUGACAUCAAAGUUAUAUUUUCAUUUAAGGAAAUCGGGAACCCAAAGGUAUUGCUUGUUCUUAAUGUUGAGAAAGCGUGCAGCUGGCCACAAUUGACAAGCUUUCUGUCACGAAAGGGCUAUGAGGUGAAGACGACCCCAGUGUACCGCUGUAGUGACUACGCCCGGUAACUUGGGGUCAAUGUAUCAAGAGACAUUUAUGAUUUGUCUCUCGAGGAUGAUGAG